CCCGAUUCCAACAAUUGGUAAAUUCAUCACGAAUGAAUUGGCCAUGUUGUCAGAAGCCAUGGACGACGUGGAUCGUGCGCUGGAGUUUGAGGAGAUGGCCGGCGGCUUCUUCAGCCCGGAGGAUGACGUAGACGAGGGUUUGCUCUUGGAAGCAGCUCUCCGAGCAGAGCAGGAACAGUCCCAGAGCAGAGCAGCGGCAGCGAAGGAGGAUCCAGUUGGCACCAAGAGGUCCCGCCCAAGUGUUUCCAGUUCACAUGAAGGCCCGACUGAAGGAAGCUUGCCAAGUCAAAUUGAUCGGAUGCAUCAGACUCAGACUCAACAGGCCCACAGCCAAACUCCAGUGGAUAUUCUGGCGGAGCGCAUUCAAGCACUAUCACUUGCAGAGAGUUCUGGUUGUAUCAGAGGCCCAGGACUGAUCAGUGGCCAUCCGUGUCCCAUCAUGCCAGAUCAUGUCCGCUGUCGCUUUGAGGUGGGAGGAGUUGAAGUCUUGUUUCCCUUUGCUCAACCAUUAGAUCCUCAGAAGGCAGUGAUCAAAAGCGUCUUGGAGGCUCUCUCUUUGAACAAGCAUGCUGUGCUGGAGAGUCCCACAGGAACCGGGAAAACUGCUGCGGUAUUGUGUGCAGCUCUAGCUUGGCAGAGGCAUCGUAUGUCAAAGUCCGGUACAGCGCCACAAAUCAUGUAUGCCACUCGCACCCACGCACAAGUGCGGCAAGCAAUGAAGGAACUCGAAAGAACUCCGUACCGUCCGGUCGUUGCCGCACUUGGCUCACGAGAGGCAGGCCUUUGUGUCAACUCGCAAGUCUUGGAAUCAGCUGACAAUGAGGGGCAAAUCCGACAGGCUUGCCGCCAAGCCCGCCAGCAAAAGAGUUGCCAGUUUCAUUCGGGUUUGCUCUCGUCCGAGCUACCGCGCCUAGCUUUUUCGAAGCUCCGAGGAAACGAGAUAUGGGACAUUGAGGAUGCUGCAGAGUUUUCGCUCGCAACCAACUCAUGUCCUUACUAUCUAGCUCAUUCUUUGGCAAAGCAUGCAGAGCUGGUAUUUUGCCCCUACAGCUAUAUAUUGGAUCCAUCCGUGAGGCAGGCGGCCGGUCUGAGUUGUGCUGAUCUCACUAGCCGGGUGGUGAUUCUCGAUGAAGCGCACAAUGUAGAAAGCGUUUGCCGCGAUGCCGGCUCGGCCGAGCUGAAUCUGGACCAGCUGAAAGCCGCCCUCUCGGCAGUGAAGAGGGUCCUAGGAGAAGACUCUGGGCAAGUCAGCAGAGUUGCCAGCAUUCCUGCACCGGUUACAAGUCAAAAGUCCACUCCUGUGGAGGAACUUGGAGGCUUCUUUUUGCCUGCGACCGUCACGGAAGCCUCGGAGAAGCCCAAAGGACCUAAGCUGGUUCCAAAGACUCGGUCUCAAGGACUGCUAAAUGCUGUGCGUCCGUUAGCCGGCCUGCUCCAGCGAGUUUGUAACUUUAUUUCCGAUGUCCGUGAACCCAUCACCUACGCUCCGCACCUACCGGAUCACCAACGAGUCCCUGCACUGUUGCGGAUUCUGAAGCUGGAUUCCGAGCCGUUGCUUCGAUUCAAUCAGCCAGGUGCAGGGCGUUCCCGGAAUGAGGGAAACAUGCCACGUGCAGAGGCUUUGCUUCGUGAGCUGGUCGGCCGUGGGCUCAGUGGGUCUUUUUCCGCUCAGCUGGAACUUGCUGCCUCACUCUUUGGACAGUUGGGUGCAGCGGUGAGACGCCCAGACUUGUAUGUAGCUCGCGCCCAUCCAGGUGGGCAAGGUCAACAAGCUCAUUUGCACUUGUGGCUCAUGAGCGCAGAAGGAACUCUGGGGACAUUGUGUAUGGAGCUUCAUGCCCUGGUAUUGAUGUCCGGAACGUUGUCACCCUUGCCAACCACGAUUGCUGAAUUAGGUCCAACCUUUCAUUCCAACGCACUUCUGCCGGUUGCGGCCAAUCAUGUAGUUGGACCAGAGGCGUUGAGAGUAGUUACUGUGGCUCAGCAAGCUGCCAGCACAAGUUCAAAACUCGAAUGCACCUUUCAUGCGUGGAAGCGCUUACCGUUCCUACUCUCGAUAGGGCAUGCGUUGGUGAAAAUUGUGAAAGCAAUACCCGCUGGAGUUCUGGUCUUUCUGCCUUCCUAUGAUUUGCUUGAGCGAUGCCUGGAAGCAUGGCAGAAGACCGACAACGAUGACAAGUUGCUCUCUUGUGAGACAGUUCGAAGGAAGGGUAGAGGCAAAGGAGGGCGGCAAGGCACAAAACGCCGGUAUCGUGGAGCUGUUGAGAGGGUUGAGGAGUUGCCAGAAACAACGGUGGAAAGUGGGCGCAGCAUCAUGGAUGAACUUCGAGCUGCCAAGGGAACCAUUGUCCUGGAACCUCCUCCAAUGUGCCAAACGUCAACAGCAACUGUGGCCCGUGUCUAUCAAGCUGCCAAGGACAGGUAUGAAAAGGCUGUCAUGCAAAGCGGGCAAGCUGCUUUGCUGGCAGUUUACAGAGGGCGAAUGAGCGAAGGCGUUUCAUUUGAUGAUGAUUUUGCACGUGGAGUCAUAUGCAUUGGAAUUCCCUUUCCCAAUCUUACUGAAGAGCGGCUUGCGCAGAAACGCGCCUGCAACGAUUUUUGGCUUGCACAAAGGCUGGGUGUGGUCUCUGGCGAUGCUUGGUACGAAUCCAAGGCUUUACAUGCUGUAGCGCAGGCUUUGGGCAGAUGCAUCCGACAUCCUCACGAUUUUGGUGCUUUGGUCCUUCUUGACAGCCGAUGGUCGGAGCUCGGGACAGAGGCUCAGUUCAGAGGGACAAUGGCCAGCAAGGAACGAGAUCGCGACAUUGCACACAUGCAAACAAACGAUGCAGAUAGUGCUUGAAAUUGCUGUGGCAAAGCCAUUCUUGCCAACACAAAUGCAUGUUUUCUCGCGUAGGCCUAGGCCUCGCGUAGGCUUCGCGUACACACUAUGCCCCACGUCUCCGCACAACUGUCUUUCGGAUGACAAGUCUUGCCUUGAAAUCCAGCCAGCUGCCACUGUGGUUGCAGCCGUUUGUGGUGCAUGAGAAUGAUGCUGAAGAUGCUGCGCUGCUUUUGCAGGAGCACUUUGCUCACCAUGUUGAGGCACUGCCACGGACAGGAUGUCCACAGGUGAAGUGUGACAAGGUCGAGACAAAGGGAGAGAAGUGCGACGCGAAAGAUGAAACAAAGGAUGAAAUCAAAGAUGAACUUAAGGAUGAGAUAAAAGAUGAGAUCAAGGAGGAACUUCAUGAUGUGAAUUCUCCUGGAUGUUUUGGAGCAGUUGCUGCAAAAUGGCUGGAUACAACUGAGACGCGACAAGGUCCACCAGCGACGCCGGCUCAUUCUCCACCACAGCCCAUUUUUCAAACACUUACUCGAAACACCGAAGGUGUCUACCUAGAUCUUGAUAGUGACUAGCUUGUUCUGAAAAAGGUGGUCCUGCAUUCCUGCACCUGCAUUUCGCCAGGGACGGCAUCCCGAGAU